GUGCUAUUAAUUUCAUAUAACAGUAUCUAUAUACAUAUUUACAACAGAAAUACAAAAAUAAAAAUCGGUUUAAAAAGUGUGUGAAUAUAUUGAAAAGUAGUAAAUCGAUUUUGAAUACUAAUACAAUUUUUUUAAAGAAAAAGAAGAAAAAAUAACACGAAAAUAUUACAUAUUAAAAAUUAUAAAAAAUAAUUAAAAAAGAAAAUUGAAAAUCUUAUUUGAAAAAUUAUUUUAUUUUACAACAAUUUAUCAGCGUUAAACCUACUAAUGUUUGUGCCGUCGAAUUAUAUUUUUUACUAAAAUACAACAUUGAUUGUUGAAGAAAAUCAUACGAAAUUUUUUUUAUUUGAAAUGUGACUUAUAUUAGUGUUGGUGUGUGCGUGUUUAAUAUCAACAUAUUCGAAAACAACAACAAAACUUAACGACAAAUUUAAUUUGUGGUGUUGUAGUCAAUCAAUUACCAUAAAAGCAGAGUUUUGAAAAAGCAAUUACGAAGUAUUUCCGACGACAACAAAAACGUUUAAAAGAUUUUUUACCUAAAAUUUUUUUAUCAAACAACGAAAGGACGUUACUUGAAAUUCCAAACGCCAAAAGUAAACAAAAAACGAAAGCAAACACAAAUUCGACUUUGAUUAAUUACUAAUCGAAAGUUAAGCUCACUAACCUUGACCCCACUGACUUUGACCGCAGACAGUUCCACGCGCGCGCGUGCUCUCUUUAUAUUUAACCAAAAUGAGUAUUAUCGAUAGCGGACGUUAUCGGCUGCGUAAAGAUUGGGCCAGCGCCUCCAUACCGUCAUUGGUCGACAUCGAUGAGCAUGUGAGCGAUGAGGUCGAGAAUUCGCUAAAUAUUACCACACCAUUGCCACCACCGAAGCCGCCACGUCGCAGCUCAUUGGCCUUGGGUUUGUUCUCGAGCAAAGGCGAUAAGAGUCAGAAGAGACGCAGCUCGAUUGCGGUAUUUUUACGACGCGACAGUAAUAAGAAUUCAACCAAAGAUUCCUACGAAUCAGCUGUGAAACACGAAAAAAGCGAUGGUUCUAACACACCGGGCAGUCCGGAGAUUUCCUUCAGCUCGGCUGACAAUUUGCGUGCCUCAUCGCCUAAUGAACCGGGCAAAGUAACAUAUUUUGAUGAUGGCUCCAGCCUAAGACCCAUAGUGAAGGGUAUAAACAAUACAUACGAUUCGCCUGUAGACAAAGAGCGUAAUCGUCGACGACGCAGUUCACUGCAGGCCAAAUUGGAACGACAUCGUCGCAAGAAUAACGACAUCAGUCAAUUGAGCAUAGACAACAGCCUGCCAAGCGGCUCACAAAGCGAUUUGACCAAUGGCAGUAUGGGCGGUAGUGGCCUCGGUACAUCAUCGGCUGAUCUUUCGUGCGGUGAUAUCGAUCCGAAUCAUUCGGCAUAUUUUCCGCGUCAGAAACGUCAUUCAUGGUGGAAUAUUUUCGUACCAGACAACUUGAAGACCAGGUCACGUAGGGCUAGUCAAGAUGUAUCGCUUAUGUCACGCAGUGUUGACAAUUUAGCCGUGCCAGUGCGUCGGAGUAAAUCACGUAGCGUUGAUCACGGCCUUGCUGCGCCAUUCGAUUUGGACUCACUACGCUCGAAGGUGGAAGGACGCUUUGAAAGCGUAGAUCGUUUGACAAAUGAGCGCAAAAAGUCCUCGUUGCCCACCAUACCAACCAAAUCGUAUACGGUGGGUAAUCGCGAUACCUUGACCUCGGUGGCAGCACGAUUCGAUACUACACCCUCAGAGUUGACACAUCUCAAUCGUUUGAACAGUUCAUUCAUCUAUCCGGGCCAACAGUUGCUGGUGCCGGAUAAGAAUGCGGCCAAGAAUGAUUCGGUCAGUGGCAGUGCGACUGGCAUCGAUGAGAAGGGCUCCAACGCCAGCAUAUCGGGCAAAUCGAGCCCCAUCGAUCGUAAACUAUCAAACACCGAUGAGCAGAAUGAUGAAAAUGAUAUACUAGAAGGUCUCCGCCCAGGUUCACCUAAACCGGGUCAUAUAGAACGCGUCGAUUCCACAAAGAGCACCGACAAUGCAGAAGCUGAAGCAAAUAAAAGUGACGAUCCCGUUAUCACACAACGUUUCCUCAAAAUCAAUGUACGCCAUAUCACCGACGGACAAGGUGUUGUGGGUGGUGUCCUUUUGGUCACACCCAAUGCCGUUAUGUUCGAUCCCAAUGUCUCCGAUCCGCUAGUUAUUGAGCAUGGACCGGAGAGUUACGGUGUAAUUGCACCUAUGGAUUUGGUUGUGAAUGCGGCCAUCUUUCACGAUAUAGCGCACAUGCGUGUGUCGGGCGGUGUGAAUACCGAACAAAAUGAAAAUGCCGAAAUCUACUAUCCACAAGCAGUAUUAGAAGCGAAACAGGCUAAAGAGGCCAAAGAGCGUGGGGACGAAGGUGAAACAGCAGGUGGUUCUAUGGAGACAUGUGACGAUCAGGAGUCGUUAUGCUCUAACACAGGCAAACGUGAGCGAAAAGACACAGAGAAGGGUGAAGAAGCCAAAGAAGAAAGUGCUAAGACUGAUGAUGAGAUUAGCACGAAAGCCAACAAAACUGAAGACGAUGCCGAUGCUAAUGAUUUGAAGAAGACACUUAACCUCACCGAUACACGCACCACAUUGGAGGAACGACGCAAAAGUCUAUUGGAUCACCAUUGGGCCAUACCGAGCAAAGAUCGAUCAUCGGAAGACGAAGGCGACAACGAAUCGCAAACGACCAUCGAUAGUGGCGCCCGUGGGCAGGAUCCACACUCGGCCACCUCCUCGAUCAGCGGCAUCGGUGCGGCAAGUGGCGGUGUGCAUUUGCCUGGCGGUCUGGCGCCCGCCGAUCUCGAACACUUGGAGGAGCUAGCUAAGCAAUCUUGCUAUGACUCGGGCAUCGAUAUACGUGAACCCAUACCAAAUUUGCAGCCCAUACCAAAGAAGACCGUUUACAGUGAUGCCGACAUAGUGCUGAGCUCCGAUUGGGUGCCACCGAAGACCAUCUCGCCGACAUUGAUGAGCGAAUCGCCGCCACGCAGCUCGGUGCUGAGCGCCCAAAGCUUGGACGCGGGCACCGCAGGUGGACGCAAGAAGACCACAAGCGUCAGCUUCAGCGUGGACGAUAACAAUGGCGAGCAACAGGCUGUGGCGGCGGUGGCCGCAUCAGCUGCAGCGAAUGCGGCACAGGGCGACAAGAAUGCUGAGAAGAAGAAUAAAAUGUUGAAACGCUUAUCAUAUCCUUUGGCUUGGGUUGAAGGCCUCACUGGCGAAGCAGGUGGCCCUCCGGGCACUGGUGGCAGCCUCGGCAAGUCGGCGGACUCUGAAUCGGCGCCCAAUACGGGCGAUUCGAAUCAGAGCGUAUUUUCGAAAGUAUUUUCUAGUUCACCCAUUACUUUGGUCUCAGAGUUGGGUGGCAAUUUAUUUUCAAAAACACCGUCCGAAGACUCUGGUGGCUCACCAGUGCCACCACUGACUCCGCAUUCAACUCAUUCCGAGGGUCACUUUUCCACUGGACGCUCAUCGAUUGGCACAUUUAUGCGUCCACAAUCGUCGGAGGGCACUGCUUCCACAACCAAAUUGAAGGACGUCAAACUACAACCGAAAUUGGACUACCGUUCGAUGGUAUCAGUUGAUGACAAACCGGAAUUGUUCAUUAGCGUUGAUAAAUUGAUACCACGACCGGCACGCGCCUGCCCGGACCCACCAUUGUACUUACGCCUGCGCAUGGGCAAGCCCAUUGGCAAGGCAAUACCGCUACCGACCUCUGUUAUGUCGUAUGGCAAAAAUAAAUUGAGACCUGAAUACUGGUUUAGUGUACCUAAAAAUCGCGUUGAUGAAUUGUAUCGCUUCAUAAACACCUGGGUGCAACACCUGUACGGUGAGUUGAAUGAAGAGCAAAUCAAAACGCGUGGCUUCGAACUCAUCCAAGAUGAUACCGAGUGGACGAAGAGCGGCACCGGCAAGAGUGGACGCAGUGGCAGCCAAGAAAACGAGGAGAUCAGUGACUUGACACGCGAGUCGUGGGAGCUUAUAAAGGCGCCCUUCGCCAAGACCUACAGCAUUAUAAAAACGGCAAAGCAUGCCGCAUCGCAUGAGAUGGACUUGUUGAGCGGCGAGGUGUUGUCUAUGAGCACAGAUGAUUAUCGCAAGGCUUCAUUAUUCGCAACCGGUUCCUUUGACUUGGACUUCCCCAUACCAGAUUUGAUUGGCACAACAGAAAUUCUCACAGAAGAGCAUCGUGAAAAACUUUGUGGACAUCUCCCCGCACGCGCCGAAGGCUAUUCGUGGUCAUUGAUAUUCAGCACCUCCCAGCAUGGCUUCUCGCUGAACUCGCUCUACCGAAAGAUGCAGAAACUCGAGAGUCCAAUACUAAUCGUCAUACAAGAUACAGAUAAUAAUGUCUUUGGCGCAUUAACGUCCUGCUCCCUACACGUGUCCGAUCACUUCUACGGCACCGGCGAAUCGCUGUUAUACAAAUUUAAUCCCAGCUUUAAAGUGUUCCAUUGGACCGGCGAGAAUUUAUACUUCAUUAAGGGCAAUAUGGAGAGCCUGUCGAUCGGUGCUGGAGACGGUCGCUUUGGUCUAUGGCUGGACGGUGACCUCAAUCAAGGGCGUUCACAAUCCUGCAGCACAUAUGGCAAUGAGCCACUGGCACCGCAAGAAGACUUUGUUAUCAAAACACUCGAAUGCUGGGCAUUUGUUUAAGAUUUUUUAGUGAAAACAUAAAACAAAAAUAUUAUUAAAGCUAAACUAUAUUAUAUUUAUAAUUAGUGGAGAAAUGAAAAAUAUCAAAGAAAACAAGAGCAAGCAUAUUUAACUACGUGUAUCACCCAAUUUAAGAGGAAAACAAAAAACGGAAAUCAGCAAAUGCAAGCGAAGCGAGACUUCUCAAAGCCGUGCGAUUGAAGUGGUGAAAACAACAGCAACAACAAGCAAGUAAUAGUGCGACCAGCGGCAAACUGUGGCAACGCUGCGGCGAAAGCAGAAAUAACACGUCUGCAAAAACAAAAGCAAAAAAGCAAAAUAAAUUUACAACUAAAACUACGUUAAAUAUAAGUUAAUCAUUAUUAUAAUAAUUAAGCAUUAAGCAAGCGCUAUUAAGCAAAUCAUUUCGAACGAAAGCAAGAAUUGUUAUUAUUUUUAUACAUUCGGAUGCAGAACAUUUUGAAAUCACCCAAGCAGCUCAAAGCGUCAAAUGUUACCCUGAAAAGUGGCAUUUGAGUUUAAAAAAAUAAAA